AUGCCAACUACAUGUGGGUUUCCCAAUUGCAAGUUCCGAUCACGGUACCGCGGCCAAGAAGACAACCGCCAUUUCUACCGUAUCCCAAAGCGGCCGUUGGUGCUCAGACAGCGAUGGCUACGAGCAAUAGGCCGAACUGAAGAAACGGUGGUGAGCCAGGUAAGUAAAACCACUUUGUCAGUGCUUUUUUGUUUCUGUGAACUGUUCCUUUCUAUUGCUUACCUUUUGUUUAGCUAAGGAUCUGCUCUGCUCAUUUCAAGGACGGUGAAAAGCGAGAAGGUGACAUUCCUGUGCCUGAUCCAGAGGUAAGUUUGACUAUAACUGCCACUUAUUUAUGGUGUAAUGCUUUCAUUAUUGUGAGUUGCUUAUAUGUUUCUUGCCUUAAAGCAUGAUACCCCGAUCUCGAUCCAACUACCACCAAAAGAGAACAAGACGCUGGAGAAGAGGCGUCAGAAGUGUCAGAUUGAGACCAACAAGUGUCUGAACAUGACUACAACUCCAUUCUCAUCCCUGAACCAGCUCUACGAACGACUAGGCCUGGGGGAUCCUAACCAAGUAGCUGUUGCUUUUGCUAAUGCCUUAAAGUGUGCUUCUGAACAGAAUUCCUUUGAUCCUGGCACGGUAUCCAGGCCGUCUUCCCACGAUUCCCCGCUUUUUAAUUCCGCUACCGGUUUUGUCACCACCAAUGGUAUGGCUUUACAUUUUAGAUAUGUUAAAUUAGUGUUGAAAAACACGAUCAAAUUUUUUUAGUUUAAGCUUUAUUUAAAAACUGAAGUAGUUUCUACAAUAUAUUAUAAUAUUUUACAAUGAAGGUUGACAAACCUUGUGCCGUCCAUUCCGUGAAAGUUUAGUCAGAAACACGAUUGGAACGUUUUGAAACCGCAAAUAGAUUUCCUGAAAACACGCUUUCUACAUUGUGUUUCCACUGCCGCUUUUCGGAGGGGUUUGCCCCGGCGGGGGAGACUGGGGGGGGAGAUCGAAUGGACUCAUUUCAGUCAUUCCAAGACUCUCCGGAGAAGAGCAUAUUUCGUCCUUUUUGGGUUAAAAUUUUGCGCAACCCGAAGAACAACAGCGCGACGCCUUUUCAACCCCGAGACUUUUUAUAAUUUUAGGUGACCGAAACUCCGGUUUUGGCGAUUCGGACGCCUCACCUCUCGCCCAGUUCCUGUUGCAUCCACUCCAUGCAACUGAUAACCUACAACAACCAUCUGGUCCCGCUGAUAACGUUGCACCACUGUUGAGCUGUAGGUGUCUUUGGGAAAACGGUUAAUUUUCUAACCAAAAUCUCUGAAACAAAUCAAAAUUACGUUGUUUCUUUCAAUAAUGUAGUUAUUAAGAAUCUUAAUUUCAGUGUGUUCUAAUCAGUUCGGGAUGAAGCCUCUUGUAGCUUUGCUCGAUGGCAGAGACUGUGCAAUCGAAAUGGCUCUUCUGAAGGAUAUUGCGACCGUAGCUUUCUGUGAUGCUCAAAACCCUUCUGAAAUUCACCAAAGAGUGAGUUAUACGCAAGAUAAAAAAUUACAAUUUAACAAAUCUUUACGAUCUCACAUUUCAAAUUUGACAUUUCGAUUGUUUUUAGGUGUUAAACGAGGCCGUGGUGGCGCUGGCAUACAACUCGCUACAACUAGACAAAGACGACCUUAAGAAGUUCAAAAGGCUAAAAACCAUAAUCAGAAUUGGGCCAUCAACAGGGAAUAUUGAUCUAGAGACAGCAUCUGCUUUGGGCAUCGCUGUGUGCACUACCCCCACACAAUGUAUAGAGGAACAAGCUGACACUACCCUUUCAUUCAUACUCGACUUGUACAGGAAAACACAUAUUCUGUCACGAGCACCAAAAGGGCAUGGAGUGGAAGGCUUGAAGGAAAUGGCGGCGGGUACAAAACGACCUGGAAACAGUACUAUUUUGGUGAUCGGUCUCGGAAAUGUAGGAAAAGCAGUGGCAGUACGAGCAAAAGCAUUCGGCUUCAAAGUGGCCUUCUACGAUCCGAAGCAAAGUGACGGUAAUAUUACACAAGUGAUAAAUUAUAAAGCAUUUAGGUAUUGAAAAAGCGCUCGGAAUCUAUCGGUACGCCAGUUUGGACGAAGCUCUAGCCAAUGCAGAUUGCGUCACAUUUCAUUGUCCGGUGAACGCUCAAACCAAGAACAUGAUAAACAUGGUAAUACUAACGUAGCUUGUACAUUUUUCGUCUUUAAAAUGACAAACCUUCGAACAUAAAAUGACUUGUUUCAGCAAAACUUGAAAAGAAUGAAGAAAGGAGUCUACAUCGUGAACAUAAUCAGCGAACAUCUGUUUGUGGAGUCUGAUCUGAUUGCCUGCCUACGUAGUGGUCACGUUGGAGCAGCGGCUUUUGAUGUUAACGUCAAGAAUGAUGCUUUAACAACGUUUCCUAAUGUCAUUUGUACACCAAGAAUGUCUUGGUAUUCAGAUCAAUCGUGCAAAGAACUUCGAGAAGCUGCAGCUCUCGAGGCAAGGAAAGUCUUGAAAGGAGACGAUCCCUUCAAGUUUAGCCAUUGUGUGAACCAAAGAACAGCCCCAGCUAUACCACCAAACUUGCCAUCAACUUCAGUGAUAGCAAACGUCGCCUCAUCUCCUCUACCAGUGCCUUCAAUACCACCUUUGACUUCGAACAGUAAGUUAAAGACUUUUGUACGGUUAUACAGUAACUAUUAAGUUAUCUAUGUUCAAGUACCGACAAAAAAUAACCAUGACUUUAGGCUUUCUUGGCUUCCCAAACUGCUUAGUUAACACUCCGAUGAUGAUGUGGCCUACGGGUUUUCCGUCCGACAAACCGGUGUUCAGCAAUGUUGUGAAUGAAAAUGGAAGAGAUGAAAGCAAAAGCGACCUCAAAUGCCCACCAAACACAAGUCUGGUACUCGACUCAAAACCUCAAAAUGAAAAUUCUAGCGGCUCUCCAAGUAAGAAGGAAUAUGAUGCAAAAUCUGAAAAGGUAAUAACUACGCCGUAAUGCAAAAUCUCCUCAAAAGCAACAAAAGAUACGAUAAAAUUAACCUAAAACCUUUAGGCUGAACAUGAGUAUGACGAUGAAAACACAUCACGUCAGAAGGAACUGAAAAUAGACCAAGAAAGAGAUGGUUCACCGUUAGCCAAAAUGAGUAAAUUGGAAGAGACGGUUUGA